UGCAUCAUAUAUUUGUGUCCGGGCAGCUGUAGUGAAAGUCAUGGCAGGUCCAGAUCCGAUCAAAACUCUGCUGUAUACUGUCAACAACCUGCUGAAGCAGGAGAAAUACAAAGCAGCAUUGGCAGUGUUGAAAGGCUUCAGAAAUGGCGCUGUAUAUGGAGCCAAAAUCAGAGCACCACAUGCCCUGGUGAUGACAUUUCUAUUCAGAAGUGGCAGUUUGAAGGAUAAACUCAGAGCCAUUUUGAAGGCCACAUACACCCACUCCCGCAACCUGGCAUACUUUGUGUUCACAUACAAAGGACUGCAGGCCUUGCAGGAGAAGAUCCAAGGGAAGAGCUUGCAGUCUCACUCCUUUCUGGCUGCCUGUAUUGGAGGAUGGUUAGUGUUUGGAGAUAACAACAACAUCAAUAGUCAGAUCAACAUGUACUUGCUGUCUAGGAUCCUGUUCGCCCUUUCUCGCCUGGCUGUAGAGAAAGGAUUCAUCCCCCAGCCUAAAAAAGACCCUUUCCCACUGUUCGCCACCCUGGUGUGGGGCAUUGUCUUGUGGCUGUUUGAGUAUUACCCUCACACCCUCCAGCCCUCACUGCAGUCCUCAAUGAACUACCUCUACCACGACAGCAAUGUGUGGCAUGAUAUCACAGACUUCCUUGUUUACAACAAACCAAGGACUGCUGCUCAGAAAUGAAACUUUAGUUUUUUUCCCGCAGUAUGGAACAGCGUUGUCCAAGAUCAUGAUUGCAUUUUUUUUUACAUAAUUGUAAAUAUUCCAAAUAUCUUUGAUUGUUGCCUUCUUUAAAUUAUAAAGAAUUUAGUUUGUGAGUUUAAUUAAAAGAUCAGUAUUAUAUCAGAUGUACUAUAUAUAUAUUUUACUUUGUUCAUUUGCACUGAUUUUCAUGUGCCAUCAAUCAAUUUUCAUCAUUUCCACUACUAUACUGUUGUUUUCAGACAAAAUCAGCUUUUAAAUAGUGAUAUCUGUAUCUAUCCAGUAUGGGUUUUUUUGUUUUUGUUGGCUGAUUUUACAUUGAUUGAUUUACAUAUCCAGGGGUAUUUCAUUAAAUACAAUAAAAGACAAAAAAGAUAUUGAAUUGUGAAACUGAAGUUACACAGAGACACAAAAAUGUUAACAUCUGCAAAAUCAUUAUCAACUUAUUUGAUUAUUUUAAAAUAAAACAUGAAUGCUACCCUUUGGUUCUUCUAUAAAAAAUGCACACAUUUCUAGAAAUGGCAGGUUUUUUCUGCCAAAAUGGAUUGAUAGUUGUGAGUGUGGCAAGCGUAGCACUGCCGAGGGUGUUUCCCUUCAAAGCAGUACGCAGGUUAUAAUUAAACUAAAAUAUGGAGUAAUCUGUGUUGUAAUAUAGUGUAAUGCUUGUAUUUUGUUUGAUCUAUUUAAUGUAAAAUCAAUUCCCUCACACUAAAAUGUUGUUGAUAUACUUUUAAACCAUUAUGUAUAAAAUCUGUAUGAUUAACACGCACUCUGUCAUGUGCCACUGUUAUAUAAUGUGAACUGAGGGCUGAAUUAAA